CUCUUUUUGUAUUGUCCAUCUCUCUCUUUUUGCUCUCUUCUUCUCUGAUAGGUUUCCGAUUUCUGUGUGUUGGAGGCAACAAUGGCGACAGGGAUGCUGAGGAGGACAAUAUCUAGGGUUUCUGCAACGCCAUUUUCAAGAUUCGUACGAAUUCGAGCUCACGCUUCCGAGGCCCAAGCCCAGCAAGUGGAGCAGAAGGCGGCUGCGGCGUCGAAUCUGAAGACGUUCGCAAUCUACCGCUGGAAUCCCGAUAGCCCUUCCAAACCAGAGCUUCAGGAGUACAAGAUCGAUCUCAAGGAGUGCGGCCCCAUGGUGCUGGACGCGCUGAUCAAAAUCAAGAACGAGAUCGAUCCGUCCCUCACUUUCCGUCGCUCCUGCCGGGAGGGGAUCUGCGGCUCCUGCGCGAUGAACAUCGAUGGAUGUAAUGGCUUGGCUUGCUUGACCAAGAUUCCGUCGGGAGCUUCAUCGACGAUUACGCCGCUGCCCCAUAUGUUCGUGAUCAAGGAUCUGGUGGUGGACAUGACGAAUUUCUAUAACCAGUAUAAGAGUAUUGAGCCGUGGUUGAAGAGGAAGAGCGCGCCGUCUGUGCCGGGGAAGGAGAUUCUUCAGAGUAAGAAAGAUAGGGCAAAGUUGGAUGGGAUGUAUGAGUGCAUAUUGUGUGCUUGCUGUAGUACAUCGUGCCCCAGCUAUUGGUGGAACCCKGAGUCUUAUCUUGGACCAGCCGCUUUGCUCCAUGCCAAUAGGUGGAUAAGUGAUAGCCGUGAUGAAUAUACCAAGGAGCGACUUGAGGCAAUAAAUGACGAAUUCAAGCUCUACCGUUGUCAUACUAUUCUGAACUGUGCCCGUGCCUGUCCAAAAGGUUUGAACCCCGGAAAACAGAUCCAAAAUAUCAAACACCUUCAGCUCGUGGGUUGAGCCUGAGUUUCAAGGUACAUGAAGCACAAUAAUGUUCUUUUCAUUCAGUCAUGCGAUGUAUUUUGUGGAUGUGAUUUUGAUCUAAUAACUUGUGGAUCAUUUAAAAUUGGGGUUUAAGUAUUUAUAUUACCCCUAAUAAAUGUUGAUAGAAACCUCUUGGCUGGCUUCAUACCAUUCCAUGAUCAUCCUUUAUUCAUCUGAUUCAAUCAAAAAGUGGUUCUUGUUGGUGUUAA